CAGUAUACAACGACAAGAGCGCCGUACGAGCCUCCGUGGGUGGGCUCGUGGACAUUGCCUCCCCUCACGUCAGCCCCGGUGCCGACCGAUCAUUCAUUUGAUAGAUACUAUCCACCGAUCGAUGAGAUGAGCACAUCGACUGCCAAUCCAUUCAUUGUCUAUACGACACAACGUUCCGGUUCCCGAAAUACCGAAAACCUUUGUGAAAGACGUGGCGAAGCCGUCAACGCCGGUGCAAAAGAGCACCAGUGAUCGGACAGUAAUGAUCAUCGGUGUUAUUGCUAUCGGUUUGAUAGUUGUUGUGAUUAUAGCGCCAAUAGUGUUGUUCUUCAAAGUCCGGUACCG